UUUUUUAAGCUGUACUUAGGUUUCAACGGAGAAAUGUUGAAAACGAAGCGCGACAUUGCCGGCUCAUAAAUGAGAAGUCCAAACGCCACCCGUAUUAUAAAUCACUAAUAAAAACCACACAUCAAAAGCAACGUUUCUAUUUCCCUUGUUUUCUCAGCAAAUUUCUUUCCCCAACUUUCUCGCUCUGUCGACAAGUCCCAAGUCUUCUCCAACCGUACAACCUUCAAUAUUACAAUCACCCCCAGUUUGAUUCCACAGUCCUCCAUGGAUUCCCUUAAGGACAGAGUAAUAAUAAACGAAAGCAAAAGCAAGAAAAAGAACGACAACAACAACAACAACAACAACAACAACAACAACAACAAAUAUAGCAACAUGAACAACAACACCACCACCACCACCACGAAGAAGAAGAAGAAGUUCUUGCUGUGCUUUAAACCUAUGACCAUGGAUGGUCUUGAAGAGGAUCUUGUUUUCAAGUAUUUUGCUGUGGAAGAGAAGGAGGGCAUGUUGUUCCCCGUGAUAUCAAAGCCAUCUAUGGCACCGGAUGAAAAAGAAGCACAAGAAGAAGAAGAAGAAGAAAAAGGCGGUGGCCGGAGAAAGAAAGGCAGGAAUGUUAAGCUUUCGAAGUUUUUGAAAGCAGUUUUUACUGGGACUUUCUUGGCAAAGAAACUUAAGAAAGGAAAGCUUGGGGAAAGCUCCUUUCGAUCAGAAACCAUUAUUGCAGAAAAGGGUGUUAAAACCAUAAACUCGGUGAAUAAAGAUUCAUUGAAACAAGAUGAUGACAACCCUAGAAUAAAUUCAAAUAUUUCCUCUUGUUCACGUCGUUCUUCUGCGUUUACUGCAACCACCAUGUGUUCUUCAUCUUCUUCAUCAUCAAGUACUUCCAAUUCGAGGUCUAUGUCUCAACGAUGCAACUCGUUUGAAUCAACUUUAACUGGGUCUAAUAGUCAGAAUGAGCAGGACAAUAAUGGGUCUAAGCAGAGGCAGGACAAGAAUAAUAAUAAUGUCCAAAAACAUGAAAAAAGGAGUUGUGGUUUUUACAUUGGUUUUUGUUUGCCUCUUAUUUGUCUGUUGGUUUUGAUAUUUUGGGGUAAGAUUUUUGCAAUUUUGUGUACUUCAAUGGGGUUUUUCAUGGUUCGUUGGAGCAGUAGAUGUGCUUUGCCUAAAGUUGGGAUAAAGUCUUCGGAAUUUGACUCGGAUGAGCGUAAGAAAAAGGUCAUCAUGGAAGGACUGUUGAAAAGGGACCGAGCUCACGAAUUAUAGACUUUUUGAUAAAGGGGCAUGGCUCAUAGCUGAAUAUAUUAAAGUUUUUUUUUUUUGGGAGCUGCAUAAUUGUUCAAAAAAGUGUUUUGUAUUUGAGUUUUGUCUUUGUAUUCUUUUUUUUCGGACGUGUAAACAUUGUGCACUAGAGGUAUCUGUUUGUGUCG